AUGUCUAUGUCACUUUGAAUUUGAAGUUUGAUGCUCAUCAUCGUAAAUUCAAAUUUUUCAAUUUACAAUAGAUUUUUAUAAUUAAAUAUAUCUGACUGAAAGUUCUAAAUUGAGCUUAAUAAAUACGUCAUUAAUUUUAAACUGGUGGCUAUUUAAUUGUCGUGUUUAUCACAGUGUGAUCCAGUUCACAAAAAUGAGCACAAUUAAUCGUAGAAGUGAAUCUCGUGCGCCUCUAGUUCAAGAUAUACCACCUACAAAUGUUCCAAAAGCAGGAUUGUCAACUUCUAAGGCUCUUAUUCUAGUAGCCAUAAUUUUCAUUUCAUCCCUAAUAGCAUUAGGGCUUUUAUACAAACAAUUUCCAAAACUAGAAGAGCAUGAAGAGAAGCAUUUGAAAUUGCCUUGGGAUCUUGAGGAUGCUAAACAAUUAGGUCUUGUUUUAGAUCGCUAUAAGGACAAAUAUUUCUAUGAAGUAUUGUUGGGAGUAUUUCUAGUCUACAUAUUCUUGCAAACCUUUGCGAUACCAGGAUCAAUAUUCCUGAGUAUAUUGUCAGGGUUUUUGUUUCCAUUCUAUUUAGCAUUAAUUCUAGUGUGUUGUUGUUCUGCCAUUGGAGCCAGUUUAUGUUUCUUCCUGUCAAACUUGUUGGGGAAGAAAUUAGUAAAGAGGUUUUUCCCCGAGAGAGCGGCACAAUGGUCAAAGGCUGUUACUAAACAUAAAAAUAAUUUGCUCAAUUAUAUCAUAUUUUUGAGGGUGACACCAUUUUUACCAAACUGGUUUAUCAAUAUGUCCGCUCCUGUUAUUGGAGUACCACUGACUCCAUUCGCCUUGGGAACUUUUAUUGGAGUGGCACCACCAUCAUUUGUAGCUAUCCAGGCUGGUCAAACUCUUCACCAGUUGACCUCAACAAGCGAUGCCUGGUCUUGGACCUCAAUCACUAUACUAACCAUCUUUGCACUUAUCUCUCUAGUCCCUGUGUUACUCAAACAGAGAUUAAGAGAAAAGUUUGAAUGAAUUCAAUUUAAUUUCUAGUUAAUUUAUUUUAGACAAUUUGAAUGGGUAUUAAUUUUAAUAAACAAUAGUAAGUACAUUAUAAUUUAUAAAAUAUAAUUGUACAUUCCA